AUGGGCGUUACCAUCAACCCUAGAGACUCCAUGAAGUCAACUUGGCGCCAAGAAAAAAGCCAGUGGUCCUUCCCACACAAGUUGCUCGAACGAGUCAACCUCUACCAUGUGGACCUUGACCGGGAGGUUCCUGUCCAUGCGAAGACGGAUAAGCUGCCAUACCUACCAGAUUGGCAGAUGCACCGCUGGAUCCUAUACUACGCUUGCCUCCCCCUUAUCGUCCACCAGCUGUUUGUAUCCCUCACAGGAUGCCAAUUCUACCCAGUCGUCGCUUUCGUCUACUACUAUCAAGCAGCACGCCUCUUCACAUGGAGUGAAGUGCGCUCCCUCCGCGAACUCGGUCAUAAACAUGGAUUCUUGGAUGGAGAUAAACAUGAACGGGAUGGAGUCCCCGACGCAGGAGUAGGGAAAGCACUUCUAUCAGUCGUUCUCGCGGGGCUUUUACGGCCGUUGUUCUCCGUCUACCUGACCUAUAACAAGACCCAAGCUCCCAUAUCUCUGAACUGGACAUGGGUACUUAUCGAGGUCAGCCUUUAUAGUGUCGUUGUGGACUUCUGGUUCUACUGGUACCACCGACUGAUGCAUGACGUGGACGAUCUUUGGAAGUACCACCGUACACACCACCUUUCCAAGCACCCUAAUCCGUUACUUACAAUCUACGCGGACUCAGUACAAGAGUUUUUUGAUAUCGUCGGUAUUCCGGUAAUGGCCUUUUAUACGAUGAAAUUCAUGGGGUUGCCAAUGGGAUUUUACGAGUGGCAUAUCUCUCAACUCUAUGUCUUAUUUGCAGAGAUUGCCGGACACAGCGGUCUUCGUCUACAUGCAUGUGCACCGAACCCUAUGUCUUGGUUGAUGAGAAUAUUUGAAAUGGAAUUGGUUAUUGAGGACCAUGACCUUCAUCACCGCAAGGGGUGGAGGAAGAGUCAUAACUACGGCAAGCAGACUCGUGUUUGGGACCGAAUUUUUGGAACCUGUGGAGAUCGGAUAGAGAGUGUGGAUUCCAAUGUUGACUAUGAGAAUCGAGCGGUCAUGCCUAUCUUUUAG